CCUUCCCAGCGUUUCGGAAGACUUGGACGGCGCGCUAACGGGCAAAUCCAAACAUGAACGGGAGUUGCGGAAGCUUGCCGCGAACUGCUCAGAGCUGUCUAAGACCUGAUGAAUUUUCUCAAGAAGCUCAAGCGCGGUGAGAAAAAGAACUCGGUGUGGAGAAGCUUGCAAGUCAAGUGGAUGAGCAUGCGGAAGGCGGGCGAGGUUGAGUCCAUGGCGGACAGGCUCUCGGAAUACAGGAGUGAGAUUAUGCUGCGCCUAAGCUUGAUAUUGAGUGACCAGCAAUCGUCCAUCAAGGUUCAGCUUGAGCAGAUUCGGAAGGAAGCUAGCAAGCUUCAUACCGUCACUGCAUCGCAACUCGACACUCUGCGCAGCGACAUCCUGGACGCAGUAAAGGCCAUCCGCAAUCGAGAGGACGAGUCUGAUUCAGAUUCUGAAGAAAUCGCAGAGGAGGGAGAAAGGGUUCCAAGUCCACAACCCGAGACGGAUGAUCUCCGUGGCGUCCAGAAGCUCCUGAUGGAACUUGUCUCCUCGGCCAGGAGUGCCACAGCCCAACACCAGAUCCUACGGCAGCUCGAUUUCCAGUCCAGGAACUCUCGAGAAGAUAUGAUUUACGACGCCCAAAUGGGUACGUAUGAGUGGAUGCUGGAGUCCUCCGACUCGGACGAACAUAGGACCUCCGACAGGGAGAGUAGCGUCUCUAAGCCUGUCUACCCCGGGGAACUGGCAUUUAGCGUCGAGACAAGUCGUAGACGACGACGACCACAAUCCGUCUUCAUGUCCUGGCUUCGCUCGGGUUACCACAUUUUCCACGUGUCCGGGAAGGCUGGGUCGGGCAAGUCGACCUCGAUGAAAUUUCUGUAUAACGACGUACGAACCAAGGCAGCCCUCGAGGAGUGGGCGGGCUCCAAGAAGCUCGUCAUGGCACACUUUUACUUUUGGCACUCUGCACAAGAUGAGCUACAAAACUCCCUUGAAGGUUUAUAUCGCUCGAUCCUGUUCGAGGUUUUGCGUCAGUGUCCGGACAUGAUUCCGGAGGUCUUUCCGGACGACUGGGACGCCAUGGCAAACGAGAGGGUCACCCAGCCCUUGCCCAGCCAGCAUAUGCCCCCGAGAGCCAUCAAGUGCGCCCUCCAACGGUUUGUCUCCAAGAAUUCCAAUCGCACUCACCGGUUCUGCCUGUUCAUCGAUGGACACGACGAGUAUAACGGCGACAGCGCAGCACAUUGGGAACUGGCCCGUCUCUUGCAGUCGUGGACUCAGGGAUCCGACAUCAAGAUGUGUAUCAGCGCUCGGCCGCAUACCGAGUACCUCGUCACGCUUGGCGGCCCACCCAACACUAGCAUUCACCUCCAUGAGUUGACUCGUUGUGACAUCCUCAGUUUCAGCAUUCAGAUGUUGGACAAAGAGCCGAAUUGCGCGGGGCUUUCGGAAGCAGAUCACCACGACCUGGUCCGCAGGAUCGUGGAAAAGGCGGAGGGUGUGUUUCUAUGGACAUAUCUCACCGUGCGGCUGUUGCUCGACUCACUUGGGCGGCGCGACAAACCGGAGGUGCUCUUGAAGCGGCUUGACGGCGUACCAGAUGGUCUUGACGACUUAUACCAGCGUCUGCUUGGAACGGUGCUGCCUGCUGACCGCCGGCGCUCUGAUCUGAUGCUGUUGCUGGCGGUGACCAAUCCGUUUCCGCAGUCAUUGAAUGCCAUUUUGUUCGUGUGGCUCGAGGAGGUGGACGCAGAUCCUACCAUAUUCCCAUUUACGUCUCGUUUUGCGCCUAUCACGGACGCGGCCGUAAGGGAUGCACACGACUACGUCCAACGCCAGGUACGCAGCCUCACCAACGGACUACUAGAGGUAUACGCGGAUGAGGGGGCGGAUGAGGGGGCGCACUCUUUCAGUCCCUUUUUCAGUCGCCGCGUAGAGUUCUUCCACCGCACAGCCAGGGAUUACCUAGCCGAAACCCUCAGGUUCGAAACACUACGGACCCGGCACUUCGCGCACCUGAAUCUCCAGGAUACCUUCGCCCGGCUACGCUUAGCCGAGUUCUUGUGCGGCGUGAGCUGAGAUCACUUCGAAUGGUCGCCUCCCGACGCACCACACCUGUUCCUUAUGAGCACAUUUUGUUCGCUCAAGGAAGAGCCAUCCUUUCCUGUAGCGGCCGGGUUUCACGCCGCGGGCAUGCGCCAACCAUUGGCGCGGCCACCCGAGUGGUAUAUAUGCCCGUCACCAGGACUUCCGCCAGACGACACGGCUAUUCCCUUCUUCUUGGCCCGCCACGGGAACGUCAGGGACGACAGGCUGGUGGGUCCCAUCCCCGGGUCGUGGCCUCAUUUCGCCGCGAGGUACUUGCAGAGGGGAUACGUGCUACAACUUGUCACCAGAUA